UCGGAAUCUCCUCUUCUGCUAUUUUAAACCUGUCAGUUCCUCAAAGAUUGUAUAUUGAUAUGUUGAAGCACUCGUCUUUGAUCACGACCAGCCAGUUUGCUAAAGAUUUCUCACCGUGGGUCUUGUAUCGAUCAUAGACUUUGACAAACGUUCCCCGAAGCAGGAGCAGAGAGACUCGUCUGCCUCCUCCCUCCCUCCGCAGGAACUUGGUCUCCAGUAAUGGAUCCUAAACCCGGGACAAAGGUUUGCUAAUGACAGGUCGCAACAUUUCUCGGCAUGAAAGCGACUCCCCCGCCUCUGAGCUCAAGAUGAGGGAGUGGUGGAUUCAUGUGGGGUUGAUCUGCAUCCCGCUGGUAGCCGUCUACCUGCACGUCCCGCCCCCGCAGCUCUCACCUGCCCUGCACAAGUGGCACAGUGGCGGGGAGGUGUUCCACUUCAGAGGCAGGAGGAUCUUCUACAGAGGCAGGGGUGCACUUUUAGACUCCUACGGUGCUCUGGGUAGCUCAGAUGUCGUCAUCCUGCUGCACGGUUUUCCCACCUCCAGCUACGACUGGAACAAGAUCUGGGAGCCACUCACACAGCGCUUCCAUCGAGUCAUUGCACUGGACUUCCUCGGUUUUGGCUUCAGUGACAAGCCACGACCACACCACUACUCCGUCUUCGAGCAGGCCAGUGUGGUGGAGGCCCUUGUGGCCCGCUUGGGUCUGAGCAGCCAGCGAGUCAAUCUGGUGGCUCAUGACUAUGGAGACACCGUGGCCCUGGAGCUGCUCUACAGGAGUGACCAAAAUCGCACAGGUCACCUGACCCUCAACAGCCUGUGUCUUUCUAAUGGAGGACUAUUCCCAGAAACACACUACCCACGGCUGCUGCAGAGGCUUCUGAAGGACUCCACUUUUCUGGCGCCACUUCUAACACGUCUCACAAACUAUAUGAUCUUCAAAAAGGGGAUCGGAGAAGUGUUCGGUCCAUACACACAGCCCACAGAUGCUGAGUUCUGGGACAUGUGGACAAGUUUGCGGUACAAUGACGGCAAUCUAGUGUUGGACAGUAUACUCCAGUACAUCAACCAGAGAUUAAUACACAGAGAGCGAUGGGUGGGUGCACUCACUUCUACCUUUGUCCCAUUGCAUAUGAUUUAUGGACCCCUGGACCCAGUCAAUCCUCAUCCCCAGUUCAUCCCUCUUUACCGGCAACUUGUCCAGAGGUCGACAGUCACCAUUCUGGAUGAACACAUCAGCCACUACCCUCAGCUGGAAGAUCCCACCAGCUUCCUUAAUGCCUACUUCAAUUUUAUUCACUCUUUCUGAACUGCCAUGUUCAAGUGAUGAUCAAAUGUUAGUACAUCCCCGGCCAAUGUUUGAGGGCACAGGCAUAUUUGUAAGCAGAGUCAGAUCCAAGUGUAUAUAAUCUCUGCGAUGCGUGCCCUCAUUUCUGUCUGCACUCUGAUUUCUCCACUGUGUUUUGUGUGCACUGUAGACCACACAAAACAAGUGUCGAGUGCUACUCAGUUUGCAAAUCAGAAUUUGAGAGUGUGUAGGCAGGGAUUUGUAAGAGCUGAAUCAUAGUUGGGUGUGAAGGAGUCGCUCACGAUUCUGUCUUACAGCUCUGUAUCUGCUCUUACAAAAACCAUGCCUGCGUGCUCUCGAAUAAUGAUUUUGCAAAAUGAAUAGCAUUCAAAACUGGCACCGGCAGACUUUCACAAAAAAGCCAGUGAGAAAUCUGAGUGCAGGCCCAGAAACAAGCAGGGUCAGGAUUAAGCUGUCAGAUCUGAUUCUGCCAUUAACAAAUAUAUAUGCCUGCACACUCUUACAAAUCAGAGGUGCAAACUGAUUAGUGCUGCAUCUGUGGUUAAUGUCCUCAAACAUUUUGACAGGGAUCUACCUCCAUAAGUUAGUUUGUGUGAUUAUUGAAUUUACCCGUGGGACACAGAUUUGAGUCCCUCCAUUUCGAGUUUAGCCAUCAGCGGUAUUCUGAAUGAAUUUUGAUAUCAUUUUAUACAUUUCCCUUGUCGAUGACAAAACUGAAUGUCAACUUUCAAAUAAACUAGUUUUGUAAGAAAAAACAUCUUAAAUCAAAUGAUGUGCUUUGUCAUUUUAUUGGACUUUUUUCUGCAAAGAAACAGGAGGACCAGCAGAUAGUAUAAAGAAAGCAUGGAAACACUUUAGUUUACACACUAGAAGUAAUCAAAUGUUAUCCAGUUGGGAUGGUGUAAGCAUAAUAGCAUCAUUACAUUUGGUGGGGGGUGUCAGACCAUUUUGUCAUGCAGGCAUGAAAGGUGUCAGCUUGAGCA